CAACAAGUUGAGCGCCGUAAAGAACUUGUUUGUCAGAUCAAUUGAAUUUACCCAUAUCGGAACCAUCCUCUUCUGGUACUUUUAGUUACAAGCUUAUUCUCGAAUCUCGACUGCCGACAUCCGCCUUGAUAAUCUCAAUAAUCGUUAUAAAGCACUAGCUUGCUCAGGACCUUCAUGGCCAAGUCUGAAAUAGACGACAUCUUUGCGUCCAAGGGUAAAACACGGGUCGGCCCAGUCGCCUCGACUUCUUCCCCAACAAAAUCCUCGAAGAAGGACAAGAAACGGAAACGAAAAAACGAAAGCGAUGAAAAGGACUCUGCUAUAGCAGAGAAACCGAAAAAAGUACCAGAAACUAUCAUCGAUUCUUCCGCGAGCAUGCACAUCGCAAAGCGCGUGAAGAUAUCAAAAUCCAACGAGAAAGCCGGAACUGUAAGAGAGACGAAGUCAGGGAAAGCAAAGAAGGAGGAAGACAAUUUCAAAGAUUCUAGAGGAAUUGGUCCUCGCCGCAAGACCGAGGAAGGCUGGUCAAUCUACAAGGCAGAUGAGCUAGGCAUCAAAGACGAUGACGAAGGAGGAGAUACACCACUUUGCCCCUUUGACUGCGACUGCUGUAAAUCUUUUAUCCAUCUCAUCUGCCGAAACUCUGAUUUUUCUUCAAGGCUUCUGAGCAACAUACAUACCCUAUUCAAUACAAUAUCCGAGGUGUUCUACAUGUAAUUCAAAAGCCAGACCCUGGCAGAUGUUUUAUGUACAUUCCUCUAGUCAUCAUCAUCAUCAUCAUCAUAAUCCACUAAACCAGGUUUGACUGGCUCAGAUAGUGGGUCCCCGAACGGAUCUGUAUCGGCAGCACCACUUGCUUUCUGAAUCUCAGCCUUCUUGUUCUUCUUUUCCUCAGCCUUUUUUUCAGCCUCUGCCUUUCGUGCUAGAUACGCCUUGGUUCCAACCACCUUUUCCGGAUUUUUACACGUUCUCAAUCUUCGGUCCACUUCCCGCACCGCUUCAACAUCUGGCACUUUGCCGGCAUUCGUGAU